CGAUGAUCGGGAAGGUUUCCAAGGUGAAGGGGCCGUUUAAAUAAUAUUUUUAUUUUCUUUUACAAAAAAAAAAAAAAAAUGGAACUCUUUUCAAUAAUUUGGCAGUUUCUGCUACUAUGGGUUUUACUUUACGUGAUUGUCUUUUUAUUACAAAUCGUCACCACACGAAAAAAACAAGUUCCCUCGAAACGAAAGCAGGGUAAUGCAGCUUUACUACCUACUUUCUCGAUUCUCGUGGAUGAACCUCUCGAAAGAGACCAAUGGUCCAUCAAAUUAUUUCAAGUCAAAUAUACCACACAACGUUUAAAUAAAUUAUUCAGCAACAUGACAGCAUAUGCUCCUCGUUUCUGGAGAGUUUGGUUCACAAUAGGUGUCAUGGCUGCUGCUGUUCUCAUGGUCGUGGGCAUGGGCGUGAUCUUGUUUGCUGGCAUCAAAAUCAUGGCAAGUCUAGGUCAACUCAUCACACCUUCUUCCUCUGCUCAUCAGAAACGUGAAUUAGCUCAAGACGAUCAAGUAUUUUUACCCAUGAUACCCGGUGUUACUUUACCAAUGUCACAUAUCGGCUACUAUUUAUUAGCAUUAAUCAUCUGUGGCCUAUUUCACGAGGGUGGACAUGCCAUUGCAUCCUACAGUCAAGGCGUACCUAUUCAAAGUUCGGGUAUGUUUGUCAUGUAUUUAUACCCUGGUGCAUUUGUCAAUAUUCCAGAUCAACAAUUACAAAACUUGGAUGCAUUGAAACAAUUAAAAAUCAUGUGUGCAGGUGUAUGGCAUAAUCUUGUUUUAUACGCUUAUACCUCCAUUUCUUUAGCUGGUGGGCUCAAAUUACUCCUCUUAAUUCUCGGUUGGCAAUCAUUGGAAGGGCAUGGUGGUGUUAGUGUGGUACAUAUUCGUGCUAAUUCCCCUUUGGCCCCUCAUCUUCCCGCUUCCACCAUCAUUUAUCAACUGGAUGAUUUCCCUUUAACCAACAAUAUUCAGGAUUGGAACACACAUUUAUUUUAUGAGGAUGGUAAACAUGUUUCAACGCAAGGCUUUUGUACAGCGAAACCCGUCGAGGAUUAUGGUGAUGAUUGUUGUGAUAUUGAUGAUGAAUACCCAUUUGGUAAAUCUACAAACGCCUCUAUUUCUUGUUUCAAUACCUUCCCAUCCAAACAACAUAAUGAAAAGGUAUGUUUGCCAACAUUGGAAGUAUUGUCAUCCACCCAUCCGGAUCGCUGUUAUAAACCGACAGAUUGUCCCGGAACAGACAUGAAUUGUGUGACACCGUACACACCUUCAGCGGCUGGACAAGUGGUACGAAUCUAUGCUCGAUUUCCUAGCUGGUUGGAUGGACACGAAAAAGUCUUUAUAUUUGAAGGCGAAUUAGUCGAUAUCUGGGAGAGUGGUAAACGAAUAAUAUUUUUUCAUGGACGCAAUAUUACCAUCUGCGUUGCCACAUAUUUUAGAAUUACUGCUAAGAUAUAUUUCUUCAUUUACAUUGGCCUUGGCCAUGUUAAAUAUCUUGCCUGCCUUCAAGUUAGAUGGGGAGUUUGCACUUGAACAAUUCCUAAUCUUGAUAUUACAAUCAAAAGAACCUGCUAGUCAAAUCACCACACGCACUGUAGAGACACAACGAUUUACACGUAAAGUUCAUGAUAUUGUUGUCAAAGUAACCUCGGUUGUGGUAGGCUUUGUGAUUAUCGGUAGUAUCUUGGUUGGCUUGGUAUUUUCAUCUACAGCGAAUUAAAAAAGUAACAC